ACGGGCUAACUAACGUUGGACGUUUCAGACACUUUUUUUUAAACUUUACGUCCAUCAGCUCGCGCAGCAGCCUCGCGGCGCAGCGGGGCUAAACAUGUCGUGUUACGGUCACUCUCCGUAAAGAUGGUAACGUUCAAGGUGGCGAGAUGACAACUAAUGGAGGUUUCUGCUGAAAUAACUUCACAACUGAAGCUAAGAUACGUUAGCUGGCCGCUCGUAUAAAUGUGCAACACAUUUCCACUGAAGGUACUGUUUUUGGUUUAAAGUUUAACGCGAGUUAUUAGUGAGUUAUUGUGUUGAAGCCUGUAAAUAAUUUGCUAAUUUAGUUUCAUGUCCAUCGUUAUAACCUUUGCUACAAUGUAGAGGUAGACAUACUAUUUGUAUAUUUAAGUGUAAACUACUUAUUUUUAAGUCUAUUAACCUGAAUCAUCGUUACAGACGUGUAAUCUGCCCCUGUCAAUUUUAUAUUAUUAUUAAAUUAUUAGUGGAAGCCCCUGGUUUCAACUCAUUUCCGUGCAGUAUGAAAACCAAAUAGUCCCUUAAAUUAAUGUCAUUACUAUCAAAAAAAAUUAAAUGAUAGUAAUGAGCUCAUACAUUACAUGCAUCUCAAUACAAUCUGCCCCUUCAAACUGUAUUGGAGCUGAAAUGACAGAAUAUUAAUUGGCCAUCAUAAUUGAUUUUUCAUGUAAUUCAAUUAUCAAGCAAAAGGGCCAAACGUUCUCUGGUUCCAGCUUUUUAAAUGUGAGGAUUUGCUGCUUUUUUGUUUGUUUUUCAGUUUACUUAAAUAUUAUAGGAACUGUUAGACAAAACUAGAAGUUGGAAGAAAUUCCAAGAAAAAAAAGACUACCAAAAAAAUAGCGGUUCUUAGCAGCCCAAACCUGCGUUUCCACACAGCAGUAAUGUAACGUUCUCCUUUUAACGGUCAGAAUUUAAUGUUUAUUUGGAGAGCUUCUUUGUAAUAUCAUCACAGACAGUCGCCAACCCUUCCCACACCUGUCUGGCGGCCCAGCCUCACACCAUGAACAUCAGUAGGAACUGCACCACAGUGGAGAAUGGUGAGGGUCUGGCCGCCCUGGAGUCGGUCUCCAUCGUAACCAUCACGCUCCUCGCCUGCCUGGGGAACCUCUUGAUUGUGGUGACCCUCUAUCGCAGGCCCUACCUGCUCACGCCCAGCAACAAGUUUGUGUUCAGCCUGACCAUAUCCAACCUGCUGCUGUCCACGCUGGUGCUGCCGUUUGUGGCCGUGAGCUCGGCAAAGAGGGAGUGGGUGUUUGGGGUCGUGUGGUGUAACUUCACCGCCCUGCUCUACCUGCUCAUCAGCUCUGCCAGCAUGCUAACCCUCGGAGCUAUCGCCAUUGACAGGUACUACGCUGUACUUUACCCGAUGAUCUACCCCAUGAAGAUCACAGGAAACCGGGCGGUCGUUGCCAUCGCCUAUGUGUGGCUGCACUCCCUGGUGGGCUGUCUGCCUCCUCUGUUCGGCUGGUCCUCCUUUGAGUUUGACUGCUUCAAGAGGACCUGCGUUGCGUCUUGGCACAGAGAGCCCAGUUACGCGGCCUUCUGGGUCAUCUGGUGCAUCCUCCCCCCCUUAUUCAUCAUGCUUGCCUGUUACGGCGUGAUCUUCCGCGUCGCCCGCAUGAAAGCCAGGAAAGUGCACUGCGGCACAGUCGUUGUGGCCCAGGAGGACUCCAACGGAGUUCAGAAGAACGGACGUAAAAACUCGAGCACCUCGACUUCCUCGAAUGGAAGCCGGCGGAGCCUCGUGUAUGCAGGGAGUCAGUGCAAGGCCUUCGUCACCAUCUUGGUGGUGGUCGGCACCUUUCUCGUGACCUGGGGGCCGUACGUCGGGGUGGUGUGUACCGAGGCUCUGUGGGGACAAGGUAGUGUGUCUCAAGGACUGGAGACGUUGGUCGCUUGGCUGUCGUUCUGCAGCGCGGUGUGCCAUCCUUUCAUCUACGGCCUGUGGAAUAAAACCGUGAGGAAGGAGCUGCUGGGGAUGUGUUUCGGAGAUCGCUACUACAGAGAGUCGUUCGCCACGCGGCAGAGGACGUCGCGCCUCUUCAGCAUCUCCAACCGAAUCACAGAUUUGGGUAUGUCCCCACACCUGACCGCUAUGCUGGCCGGUGGAGGGCAUCUACUGGCCCCAGGAAGCAGCACUGGGGAUACUGGCUUCAGUUUCACUCAGGACUCAUGCACAGACGUGAUGCUGCUGGAUGACUUCUCCACAGACUGCUCCGCCCACCCACAACAACACGGGAAUCCGUCCGGGAAGAGGAGGAGCUCCGUCACCUUUGAAGACCAGGUGGAGCAAGCCAAAGCUGAAAGCACAAGCGCGUCCUCGGUUCAAGUCCACGCAGAGGUACAGAAGUCUCUCGACACCUUCGCCUCCUGUCUGGCGAAGGCGAUAGAGAGCGAUGCCAAGCUCACUCUGUUUGGGGACGGUCUGGCUCUUCCGGGGGGACUGUUUACGACGAGAGCGGCACCGAGACCCAGAUACCUGGACGGUCAGAGACUGAGGCUGGAGAGUAUCGACGAAGGGAUCGUUAAAGAUGACAGAGCCGAAGAAGACCAGGAAGUGGAGGAAAAACCAGCCUGAACACGAGCAGGUCCGUUGACGAGGGUUUUCACACCUCGACACAACUAUAUGUGACCAUUCAGAGUGGUGCUCGUCACGCUCUGUGGUGCAGUUCAUGAAGUCUGAUCAUGGGGACUCCAUACUUUAAAUUAUUAGGAAAGAGGCACAUUAUUAAUGCCACUAUGUCGUAUCAGGUGCACACCAUCAGUGUCUUUGCAAGCUUUUGUUUGGAUUCAUGUAAUCAAUACGAAGCCUUAACUACUGUAACCUAAAUGAUCAGAUUUGUUGUAGUAAUUAGUUAAUUAUAUAAUAUGUUCUCAUAAUUUGCCAUAAUAUGUGCCUCAGCCGGGCUGGAAAAAAAUGCAUUUACUUCAAACUGCUACGAGAUCAUUUUAAACUUUGUCUCUUCUUAUUACAUGAAGAAAAGUAAGUUUCAAACCCAAAUUAUCUAUUCAGGUACAGAUGCUGGUGUGCUUGUACACACACCCACACACACACACAGAUGUUUCCACUUAUUGUGCCUGCAGAGUUGUACACUGGGCACAGACAAUGAAACAUCAUAUCCAUUAUUUUGGGUUUUAAUUGGCUUAAAUGACGGACUUUGACUGAUGUGAGGCGUCUCUAUAUUUGUUAAUAUCACAGAAGUAUCAAUGUAGGAUAAAUCGACGCGUUCAGAAAAAUCUGAAUUCUUCCUAUUUAAAAGUAUGACCCGACUAUUACAAUACGACAUGUAAGUAGAGCUCUUAUUAUCCAUAAUCAGUGAAGGCCCUCUGAUGUAACAAAGGGGAGCGUAUAACAGUGUUGGGAUAGACUUUUGUUUUCAAACUGGUUAUUUAAAGGAAUUACAGUAAGCAGACCUUCUUCUGAUACAAAUGAACAUUACAAUGCGUUAUGUAUGAAAUUGUCAUAUUUUAGCAUACAAAUUGUUGGAGUUAUGGCCAUAGAAAUGUGUUCUGUGACUUUCUGCAAACACCUGUGUGUAGUCAACAUGUCUGCUGUGGAAAAGGCCUAUUGAUGAGGACUGAAAACACUAAAUUGCCUGUAGGUGUUGACUGCUUUCUUGUCCAAGGGUCAUCCGACUUCUACUCCCAGUGCAUGCUGGGAUAACCUCCCAACCACGUAGAGGAAAAAGUAUGUACUUUAAUAGGAAAUGCUGUAUCCGGGGGGAGAAACAGGGAUGGUCCUGACGGUUCAUUAUUAGCAGCUACAGUAAUUACACUUAAAUAGAAACCAUUAUUUGUGUCGGAGAAGGCGGUCAUUACUGCCUGGUCAGUAUUUGUGCUUUUCAUCUGGGGGGGAACACAGUAUAUUCAAUAACAAUCAAAUAUGGGUUAAUGAAGUCCAAAAUGAGGUAAUGUGGAGACUGCUUAUCAGUAUUUCAGAGAUUGUUAUAUUCAUAAAAAUGCAUUGGCCAAAGCCCACAGUUCAUUAUGUGCACACUGAGCAGUGCACAGCCGACAUUAUUUACUGCUUGUUGCUAUAGUGGCCUUGGAAAGUCAAGUGUCAAGUUGUCCUAAGGAGAAACUGGUCUUAAUCAACAACACUGUCUUAGUAAAUAUUCAUCGGUGCAUGUGGUUUACCUCAGUUCAUACGCCGUUGCCCCCUUUACUAUUAUGAAAGAAGCUCUAGAGGACAUUUGUAAUAAAGUAGUGCUUCAGUCUUACCUCGUAUCUUUUAUAUUAUGUUUGACCGGUACUAUACACGUGAGAAGUGAUGUAACCUUUUUGAUUUUCACUAUACAGUUUAAAGUAUUAAUAGGAAAAAAAAUUGCAUUUAAGUUUUGUA